AUGGCUGCAGACAGGUGGUUUUUCCCUCUAGCCCUGUGGUUCAUCUGCGUGUCUUCAAAUGACGAGGACCUAAAUGAUUAUUGUGAGAUACGUAAAAUCAGCGCAUCACUUGGCUCCUCAGUACUCCUUCCAUGCAACUUUACAACUAAAAAAAAACUCGACGAGGUGUCAUGGGUCCAAUCUUCUGGGGAGGACCUGGUCAAGCUCUCUUCAGAAAGGCGGGUUACGUUCUUGGACCCCAGGAAUGGCCGAGUGAAAGCUUUCCCCAAUCAGGGCUUGAAGGGGAACUACUCCAUCUGCAUUGAUGAUCUUCAAGACUCUGACCUAGGUCUUUAUCUCUGUAAGAAGGGAGAUGUCUGCCUUAAAGUGGACCUUGGUUUAGGUACACUAAGCGAAGAGGCGUUGCAACUUAUUUAUAUCUGUGUCGGUGUGGUGGCAGCUUUCAUCUUGCUGAGUGCUUUCGGCUACUGCUGCAUGAAAUGCACAUCGCUCUGUAAUGACAAAGGGGAGGACUACAUAAACUAUCCUGCUGGUUCAGGUAAUGAAGGGGCCAGUGCUCCACCUAUGGAACCAAGCAGAGGGCCAGUACCAGUAGAUGAGCAGCAGCGAGGAGCGGACAAUCUUGUUUACGAAAAUGAUGACCAUGACCCAGCCUACAUGCAGGAAGACUCUGCCAGGAAUAAUAGUAACCUGCCAGGAUUUGUGCAUUAUCUGGACGGGAUUCAACCUACUCAAAGUGCCAGUUCCAUUUAUCCAAUCUUGAACGAGUUUAACACUGAAAGGACGGACAGCGAGAUAACAAAGCAGAGAUUUCAUAGAGAACUCUUCAGCAGAUUACGGCAAGCAAGUCUUGGUCGACGUAGCCAACAAUAUUAUGUAAACCAAAGUGAACUCAGCAAGCAACAAGCCGCGUCAUCUAAGGUGGAGAAGCAGCACAGAGGUGUCAGGAAGAAGAAAACCAAAGAAAAUUGUGAAUACAAAAACCCAAUUUACAACAGCAGCACAGACCGCGUCAACCAACUAUAGGGAAUGAAAGACACUUUAAGCAUUUUCAGCAUCCUUCCACAACUUUAGAUUCUGAUCAUACAUUUUUACAUUUAUUAGUUUAGACUAAUGUUGCAUUGUAUUUGUCUGCUUUACUGUCAAUUUAA